GUGCUGGUGGAGUGGUUAAUGGAGAGGAGUAUGAGACUAAUGGUUCAACAAACUGCUAUGCUGCCAUAUCGCAAGUUGAUCAACUGCAGUCAGAACCAGAGAGUAUUCGUAAGUGGAGAGAGGAGCAAAAGGAGCGCCUGGAGCAGCUUGAUGCAAACUCACGAAAGCAGGAAGCAGAAUGGAAAGAGAAGGCAAUAAAGGAGCUGGAAGAGUGGUAUGCCAGGCAAGAUGAAAAGCUUGAGAAAACAAAAGCCAGUAACAGGGUAGCAGAUGAAGCUUUCUACAAACAACCCUUCGCUGACGUGAUUGGUUAUGUCACAAACAUAAAUCAUCCUUGCUACAGCCUAGAACAGGCUGCUGAAGAAGCCUUUGUGAAUGAUGCAGAAGACAUUUUUCCGGGCACUGAGUGGGAACGUGUGGCUCAGCUCUGUGACUUUAAUCCCAAGUCUAGUAAGCAGGCAAAAGAUGUGUCCCGCAUGCGCUCAGUCCUCAUCUCACUCAAGCAGGCUCCGCUGGUUCGCUGAAGUAAAGCUCAGUGGAAACACUACAAAUGCAAUGUCUUAACCUUACUCAAAGAAGCUAUGUUUGCAGUAAUUUGAUUAAUUGUUUCAGUGUGUUUUUUAGACCACAUAAUAAUAGAUCAUUGUUUGAUUGCAUGUUCUUCCUGAUGUCUCCUUUGUGUCUGAAAUGGGAGAACCUCCAAAACUGUAGUCUCUGUGCUGUUGUGCACUGAGAUGUCACUUCCCACAUUACUGAUAUUAAAGAUACCUUAAACAGCAAA